ACCUCACAUUCUCAUAUUAUGGAAGGAACUUCUCGAACUUUUCCUUACACCAUAUAAUUCGUUGGUCUACUUGGUAGUAAUGCUCUUGGUAGAAAUCCAAAGUUCAUGGCUACGGUGGUGGAUUUAUGAAGGGAAUUGGUAAUGCAAAAAAUUAGACUUACCUAUGGAGGAGGCAACAUUGGCCUUCAAGGAGCUGUUGCUUCAACAGUCUAUACCAAUGGUGGUAUAGUUAGACGCUUCAUACUAGGGUACAUAGCAGCACGACAGGUCUGUGGUCCUACAUACGGUGUAGAGUACACCGUUUCCAGCAAUUACUACAAGUAUUUCGAGAUGAAUCAUGUGGUGGAGGCUUUCAUCAUACUUUCCGGAGGAAUUGAUACUAUGGAAGGUUUGUUCACCUUAAUUUCGUGGGCAUCUGAAGGGUUGCACAAUAAACCCAUUGGUCUCUCGAACAUUGACGGUUAUUUUAAUAACCUAAUCAAAUUUGUAGAUGACGUGGUGAGGCAGAACUUCAUGGCUUCCAGUCAGAGAAAACUUUUCAUCUCUUCUUUCUUUAUUGAUGAGCUUUUAGACAAGCUAGCGUUUGCUAAAGCUUUUCCGGGUCUUGGGGCUAGUUAUGACGAGUUUGUAAAUCCUGAGGCAUUGGACAUAGAGUUGCAUUAGUAAUAUUACUUUAUUUAAUUUCAGUUGAAUUUAUGUUGGAAAUAAUAUUGUCCAUGAACAUUAUGAGUUAACCAUAAAUAUUAUUCUAAGUU